AUGGGGAGUGAUCAGGAUCUAGUUACUCAGUUAGUGUCAAAAUUAUCUACUGCAUUUAAAAUUAGAGAUCUUGAAUAUAAAGAGCUAUCUACUCCUAUUUCUGCUUCAAAAACCAUGGUUUUUAAUGCAAAAUUGUACGAUGAUCCCGCACAGUACAGGAGUUUGGUUGGUGCAUUACAGUAUUUAACUAUCACUCGUCCUGAUCUUUUCUUUGCAGUCAAUCAAUUAUGUCAACACAUGCAUGCUCCUACAGUUUCACAUUGGGAGCAAUUAAAGAGAGUUUUGAGGUAUGUUAAGGGAACUGUCACUUUUGGUUUACAAAUCAGAAAGUCAUCUUCAAAGAAAAUUCAUGCCUUCUCUGAUUUCGACAGGGCUGGCUGUCCGUAG